AAAUCUCUCAAAGUAUGAGGCCACAGCUUCUGGCAGACAACCACAACGCUGACGCAGGCACAAAGGGGAUAUAACGCCAUCGUCAGUAACUGUGUAUGCAGCACUCCAGGAUGGUUAACAUUAAGGAUGGAUUCCUCAGAACCAUCUUCGUUUUGGCUGUCUUCAUUCUCUUAACACUUUGUGGAGGUCAGUCGCAGCAGAUUGAUCCACUACAGCCAGUCGUAGUGAUGGUCGGUGGUGACAUUGUUUUGCCGUGUCAGCUGGAACCUCCUGUUAAUGCUGUUUCCAUGACGAUGGAGUGGGGGAGACCUGACCUGGAGCCCAGAUUUGUCUAUGUGUGGCAUGAUGGUCAAGAACUUUUGGUUACCCAGAACCAGGCAUAUAAGGGAAGUGCGUCAUUGUCCAUUGAUAGACUGAAGCUUGGAGACCUUUCACUGAACCUCUACAGAGUGACCAUCUCUGAUAACGGGAGAUACAGAUGCUUCAUUCCAAAACUGGAUGAAGAAUAUUUUGUUGAACUUGUUGUUGGUGCUGUCUCUUUGCCUGGCAUCAGCUUAGCAGGGAUCGAUAAGGCCAACAGUGGGGUGAUGUUAGAUUGCCAGUCUAAUGGCUGGCACCCAAAACCUGAGGUGGUCUGGCUGGACGGUGAGGGAAACCUCCUCUCUGCUGGACCUACAGAGACAGUCAGAGGUCCUGAUGACCUCUAUACUGUCAGCAGCAGAGUGACUGUGGAGAAGAGACACAGCAACAUCUUCACCUGUAGAGUCCAACAGAAAGACAUCAACCAGACCAGAGAGACACACAUCUAUGUUCCAGAGGAUUUCUUCAUGGCCCAAUCUAAUUGUGCUGCUUCUAUUACCUUCAGUGUGUUGUUUGGCUUCAUGUUUGUUCUUGCAGUCGCUCUUUUUCUUUGGAAAAGGAGACAAAAUGAAAUCGAGAGAAGCAGAGAGGAGCUCAUGAGAGAGAGCAAGAAAAAAGAAUUUGGAAAAGAUGAAGUCAAAACUUACUGUGGAGUUGCAGAGCAGAGAGGAAGAACAGAAAUGUAUGGCACAGGUUAUUGAGACACUGAAGGAACUGAACGAGGGACUGAAGAAGCAGAAAGAGGAACUCAUGGUCCAAUCACAGGAGACAGGGACACUGGUGGAGGAGAAUGAAAGCAAGGUUAAAUCAGUGGAGAAAGAAGUAACAGAGAAGGAGGGAGAUAAAACAGCUAACAAAGCACAGGGAUACUUAAAAAUCAAAGAAAUCAUUACACAGGCCAACUGGAACCUGGAGGAGAGAAAGCGAGAACAUCAACAACUGGACAUUAACACAGAGAAACUGAUGAAGAACACACACGAUGAGAUUAAAAGAAUAACAGAAAGGAAGAAAGAAGUAGAGAAACAAAUGGAGGAUAUAGAGAAACAGAGAGAGGAGAUUGAGAGCAAAUUUCAGUCAAAGAGA